AUGGCCAGGCCAAACGUCGAAAACCCCAACGCCGAAUUUCUGGGCAUCCCUGCCUCCAACAGUAAGAAUCGCACCCCAAGCACCACCAACGAAAGCAGUGGAGUUGAAAUCUCCUCAGAGGACGUCGAGAACGCUUCCAGCUCGUCUGACUCGGAUGAAGAAGAAGAAAGCAUCAACCCAAUGGAUGCCUCGCAACGACGGAGACUCCAAAAUGCCAAGUUCAACGUCCUCUUGUCCAAGCGCGCUGUCACCGAUCCAGUCGCCACCAACAAAAGGGUGGCUCCUGAUCUGCCGGAUGCUCAGCUUUCGACCGCUCACUUGAUAGUCAAGCAUGAUCUUGCUACUGGUACCUUGGACCCAAGAGACUACCAGGUGGAAUUAUUCGAAAGGGCCAAAGCACAGAAUACGAUUGCCGUGCUCGAAACUGGCUCGGGAAAGACUUUGAUCGCAGUGCUGCUGCUGAGGCAUACACUGCAGAACGAGCUAAAUGAUCGUGCUCAAGACAAGCCGCAUCGCAUAUCUUUUUUCUUGGUUGAUAGCGUUACUCUCGCGUUUCAGCAAGCGGCAGUGCUGCGUCACAACCUUGAUCAGAGCGUUGGUCAGUUCUUCGGCGCCAUGGGAACUGAUCUAUGGAACAAGGAGAUCUGGGAUGAACAUUUCAAGACAAACAUGGUCAUUGUCUGCACGGCUGAGAUCCUGCAUCAGUGCCUGCUCAAUUCUUACAUCAGGAUGGAUCAGAUCAAUCUCUUGAUCUUCGAUGAAGCUCAUCAUACCAAGAAAGAUCAUCCGUAUGCACGGAUUAUUCGUGACACAUACCUUAAAGAGGUUCCUUCAAAACGGCCAAGGGAGACUCGAAACAUUGCUUGA